AUGUCACUGAGAACUGAAAGAGCAUGUAUGUUGUGUGGUUUGAUCCAACCGUACAAAAAGUUUGUGGAUGCUGGGUGUCCUAACUGUGAGAGUGUGUUGCAUUUCCAGGACAAUGAUGACAAUCAAGUUCAAGACUGUACGUCGCCAUCCUUCGAGGGACUAGUAGCCUUGGGUAACGAUAAUAAGAAAUCUUGGGUUGCAAGAUGGCUUCGUAUUGACUCGUUUGUGCCUGGAAUAUAUGCGGUGAAGAUUAAUGGUAAGCUCCCACCCCACGUCAUAAGUGACUUGACUGAGCAGAAUGUAGCCUAUAGACCCAGAGACGGCAGUGCCGAAGAUUAA